AUGGAGGCGCCACCUGUAUUCCCUGACACAAAUGGAAACUAUACGUCAAGCCUGGCCGUUGAUGACACUCAAACAGAGCCGCUAAUCAAACGGCACCGAGCACAUCAAUCUUGCGAACAAUGUCGCAAGCGUAAAACACGCUGUGAAUAUUCUGACCCUCGAGACAAGUCUUGCCGACGAUGUGUGAGAGAACAGAAGCGCUGUGAGUUUAGCGCUAUGAGGUACAAAAAGAGAGAACCUCAGUCUAGAACUGGCGGUAGGAGUUUCAAUGCAGCAGUAUCCUACUUGAUUUUAAGAAACUCAUAUCUUCCAGAUCGCAAUGCGAUGAGCCCCUCGACGCGAGACAAUGGAGCAAAUUCUCACUUAUCCAUCGCACGACCACCAGACGACUUGUUCGAUCUCGGACAAGCGAAUACGCAAUUUGCUCUGAUUUGUGAACCACAACAGGGCAUGACUGAUGUGGCGCCAGCACCUGUUCUAGGCCAUAUCAGUGGUGGUAUAACAAACCCCGUGGAGUGUUUCCCUGGAUUGGAUGCGAAAAGUAGAUUGAUCUCUACCCAGCUCCGCAACCCAGCAGACACCUUGGACUUGCUCACUUUCGCGGCUACUGAGGACCGAUUUAUUGACAACGUGAGCCGCACGGACCUGCUAAGUAAUGAAGCUACCCGCAACAGCCAUCAACCGGAACACGGUGGGCGGUUGACCAGUGACGAAACCAGCAGAGCAGCCUGGAGGGACUUUCAUUUGAUCAAACGCGGCAUCAUAUCCGAGGAGGAAACUCUCGAAUAUGUGCACUUUUUUUUCGAAAAUCUGUGGCCGUUGAAACCUGUCGUGCCUGCUUUCUAUGCAAACCCCUUGAUGUACUGGAGGCUGGCCACAGAAGAACCCGUACUAUUGACGACUAUUAUCGUUCUGGGCUCACGAUAUCUUGAACUCUCCGGCCAUCACGGUGCCAUCAGGUCCGAGCGGAUCCAUUGGCAUGCGUGGCGGUCAUUGAAAAGGAAUUUACAGUCCGCGAUCUGGGGCGCUACUUGCACAAGAUCCUUGGGAACCAUUGCCUCGAUGUUGCUCUUGAUUGACUGGCAUCCAAAAGCAAUCAAUAAUCCUAGUAUGUUUGCAGAUGAAGACGACAUCAUCGGACAAGGGCCGACACAGAAUGACUCCGACAUAAGCUCACCGGAAGCCCCUCUCAAUCUUACAAGUAAGCAAAGGCAUGGGAUGAUGUCCCUCUUGGAGAACCUGAGCGUGAUGUCUUCUGCGUAUAGGAGCAACAAGGUGUCUUGGAUGUUGCUCUCAAAUGCGAUUGCUUUGGCCCAAGAAGGCUGCUGUUUUGACUCCGAAGCACAAGCUCAGGCGAGCUCUCUGACAGAUUCCAAGACCGUAAGUGUUACUUGGGACCGGACGAUCUGCGUCUUCAUCUACCUGAUGGACGAGCAUCUGGCACUGAGACUUGGUCUCGAACCAAUGCUCCCAGAAAAGUUUCGGAGACUGGUGAAGGACCGCUUCUCGAAAAUGUUUGCCGUUGCACUGCCAAACACCGAACUAUGGGAAAGCUAUUUUGAACUCACGGAUGAAAUCAGCAAGGCGCGAGAGCUGCUACAAACCUCUAAGCAUGCAGGCUCCAGACCCAAUGGUCCUGAAUUAGUGGUCGAACUGGAAUACGUCAGAAGAAGACUCGAGCGUUGGAAACGUCAACACAGUUAUGCUGCCAGUGACAAGAACUCCCCGCUCAACGCCUGCUUGACCAUCGAGUACAACUACGCCUUGAUGUAUAGCCUAUCGCCAGCCGCUUAUGCUGCCGACGCAAAUCCAGACCACCAGCAGGAAUCAUCGUCUGCCUCUUUCAGGCAAGAUGCUGUUCAAGCUGCCCGCGACAUGUUAAGCCUGGUGUCCAGUGUACUGGAGCCCUCGGGUGUUUUGAGAGUCCUUCCAGAAACGGUGUCACAAAGCUCAAGCACCACGGAAGCCCAUCAGGACGUCAAAACUCUACGCGCCACAGUCGAAGCCUUGCAUCGAGGCUCACCGGAUGACAUACACACAGCCGUGCGCUUCUCUCGCUUCCUCGGUGUCUUGCUUGACGCCGUUCUCCGACCAACCACGGCUCACUCUCACGCCGCAGAUGCAAAAGAUGACUCCGAUCAGCUGGCGCUUGGAGCCUCAGAACCUGCACUGUCUCCUUACCUGGGACCCGAUUUUGGCCUCUCUGCUCUACCGGCCGAUCUCGAGCAGUUUUGCGACUCUACGAUGUGGUGGAACGAGACAUUCCAUUUCAAGAAGUUGUUGUGA